AUGGCGUUGAUAUUGCUUUGUUCGAUGAAGCCAGUUUCCACUAAAGACACUGGUCAGAGAAGGGCUAUAGCCCUUGAGGAGGUGGCUCCACCCCUCUCUGCGAGACGAGCCUCUGGCUCGGGGAUUACCCUCCCACUAAGGGGGGGUAUCCGUCCCAGUGAUGAUGGAAAUGUGGUAUCGAAAGGACCACAGCAAUUUAAUCUUGAUCAGGAUUCCGAGGCCCAGGCUGCUGGCUCGCCAGCGCACAGCCUGGAGAAUUGCUGGAAUGGUUCUCAGUUCGACUGGGCCUCGGAGGCCCCUUCCGAGAGUGAAGAUAUAACCAUGGAGCAGCUGGAGAAAGAUCUUCUCGACGACUCUCCUCCCAGGGCCUCCGCCGUCCCGCCGCUUCAGCGCGUUAGGAAGCCUCUGAAGUCCUGCCGUGGCGAGGGGCCUCAGGCCUUAGCGACCUGCGAUGCCCGUAAGGCAAGGAAGGGCCCUGCCGCCGGCUCUCAGGACACCAAGCACGAGUAUCCCAAGCGACCACAGCUGCGACUCACCAACUUUGAGAAGGUUCGAGAAGCAGCAGCAGCCAUACCCGACAACUCCCCCGCCGCGGCCAUUUCAGCAGGUCUCUCAGAUGCUGUUGCUGCCAACACCCCCGUUAUGGAGGGUCGCGACUCCCCUUCGUGGUGGAGCCGCAAGCUCACGAAGCUGAAACAGAGCCUUAACAAGGCGACCAAGAAGUGGAACAAGGCGAAGAGGGAUGGCAACCUCAUCGGAACCGAGCACUGGAAAGAAGAGCUGACUGAGAGAAGGAGACUCUUCAGGCUAGAAGCCCGAGCAGCCAAGAAGAGGGCAAGGGACCGCUUCUAUGCGUCCCUCCAAGACUUCUCCAAGUGUAUCCGGCCACCGACGGGUAAGUCAGCGGCAGCGAUACUGAAUGGCGACCCAAGCACCAACCAAGCAGCCCAUCUGCUAGAGAAGCUAUUCCCUCGGGACCCUAGGCGGUCCCAGGGGAUGGCCCAGGUUCGCGUCGGUGUAGGCUCGGCAGAUCGCAUCCCAGCAGUAACCGAACAGGAGGUCUUGGAAGCCAUCGGCCGUCUGAAGAUCUCUGCCCCUGGGAGCGACGGCGUCAAUGCUGAAGUUUUGAAGAAGACGGCGCCUGAGCUGGCGGCCAAAUGGGCCACGGCCUUCACUGACAUCCUUAGAUCCGGCGAGUUCCCUGCCGAAUGGAAGGAGGGCAAAUGCAUUGCCCUGGCCAAGCCCGGCCGCGACAUCUUCCAGCCCUCGGGCUGGCGCCCAAUAGUUCUCCUUAGGUGUGCCUCGAAGCUCUUAGAAUCCGUGAUAGCCGAAAGGCUUAUCCACGGCCUAGGGGAGAAGUUCCGAGUGCCAGAGAUUCAUGGCUUCUGCCGGGGCCGAAGCUGCGACACUGCGCUGAGGAGAAUCAUCGACGCCUACCGAGCUGGCUGCGGGAAGAAGGGCCACCAGACCCUCCUCCUCACGUUGGACGAGUCCAAUGCCUUCAAUUCAGUAAGGCAUUCGUUUCUUAUCCAACAGCUCUCAGGCCUAGGCGUGGCUCCCUACCUCUGCACUGUGGUAAAAUCCUGGCUCUCUGGACAACACGUCCAGCUGGAGUUUGGAGCUGACCAAGCGACCAUCUCGCUAGAGAGAGGGGUCCCCCAAGGAAGCAUCCUGGGACCCCUCCUCUACGCCACCUCCACCCUAUCUUUGGCGUCGCUGCUCCGGCCCAUCCCUGGCCUAACCUCGACUUUCUAUGCCGAUGAUAAGACUUUGGUCCUGACGACCAAGGGCGUCCGAGAGUUCAGAGAGCGAUGGCUCCAGAUCGAGACUCGGAUCUCGGAUUGGUCGAGAGCCUCCGGCUCAGCCUCAACCCCAGUAAGUGUUAUUACCUCUCGCCUAGGAAGCUUCAGGUAUCAGCGCUGA